GGUCAGGUACUGACUUGAGACAGUCUUUUUAUUGGUAAUUUUGCAUCGUAUUCAUUUGUUUUUAGUGCUCGCGCAAAAAUCAAAACAAAGUUACAAAAAUCUUAACAUUAAACCAUUUUGAUCUGUUGCAGUAUUUAAUUGCACGGUAACUAAAAAGUCAUAUAAUAAUAAAACCGAGAAAUUGUGUAGUUUAUUAAAAUGUCGACUCAACCACACAGUAGAAAACGUGUGUGCUACUAUUAUGACAGCGAUAUUGGAAAUUAUUACUAUGGACAAGGACAUCCAAUGAAACCACAUCGCAUACGUAUGACUCACAAUUUGCUUCUUAAUUAUGGACUCUAUAGGAAAAUGGAAAUUUAUAGACCCCAUAAAGCUACUGCAGAAGAGAUGACCAAAUUUCAUUCAGAUGAUUAUAUUAGAUUUUUAAGAUCAAUUCGUCCAGACAAUAUGUCAGAAUACAACAAACAAAUGCAGAGAUUUAAUGUUGGAGAAGACUGUCCUGUAUUUGAUGGCUUAUAUGAAUUUUGUCAACUAUCUGCUGGGGGAUCAGUGGCAGCUGCAGUAAAACUUAACAAACAAGCCUCAGAAAUAUGCAUUAAUUGGGGAGGUGGACUUCAUCAUGCCAAAAAGUCAGAAGCUUCAGGGUUUUGUUAUGUCAAUGAUAUUGUACUAGGUAUAUUAGAACUUUUAAAGUAUCAUCAACGUGUUUUGUAUAUUGAUAUUGAUGUCCAUCAUGGAGAUGGCGUUGAAGAAGCCUUUUAUACUACUGAUAGAGUCAUGACUGUUUCAUUCCACAAAUAUGGAGAAUAUUUCCCAGGUACAGGCGAUUUACGAGACAUUGGUGCAGGAAAGGGUAAAUACUAUGCAGUCAAUAUCCCUCUAAGAGAUGGAAUGGAUGAUGAGGCAUAUGAAAGUAUAUUUGUACCAAUUAUAAGUAAAGUUAUGGAAACUUUUCAACCUAGUGCAGUAGUUUUACAAUGUGGGGCAGACUCUUUAACAGGAGAUCGUCUAGGUUGCUUUAAUCUGACAGUGAAAGGACAUGGCAAAUGUGUUGAAUUUGUAAAAAAAUAUAACUUACCAUUCAUGAUGGUAGGAGGGGGUGGAUACACGAUCAGAAAUGUUUCUAGAGCUUGGACUUAUGAAACAUCAGUAGCUCUUGGUGUAGAAAUUGCAAAUGAACUUCCAUAUAAUGACUACUUUGAAUACUUUGGACCUGACUUUAAACUUCAUAUCAGCCCAAGCAAUAUGGCCAAUCAAAACACCCCUGAAUAUUUAGAGAAAAUUAAAACAAGACUUUUUGAAAAUUUGAGAAUGUUACCUCAUGCUUCCCUGGAGUACAAGUACAGGCUAUUCCAGAAGAUGCAAUUAACGAAGAAUCUGACAAUGAGGAUAAAGUUGAUAAAGAUGAACGAUUGCCACAGAAAGAUUUGGAUAAAAGAAUUGUUCCUGAAAACGAAUUUUCUGACAGUGAAGAUGAGGGAGAAGGAGAUAGACGAGACAAUAGAAGUUACAAAGGUAGAAAACGUCCACGGUUAGAUAAAGGGGGAGAAAACAAAGAAGAAGAUAAGAUUAAAGAUGAAAUAAAGGCCGAAAAAGGUGAAGAAGGAAUCAUGAAGUCCAGUCCCGAUGAAACAAAAAAGCUGUUGGGACCAACUCCAUGACAUCGUACUAAUUUAAUUAUAUAAUUCCAAUACAUUAUUGGAGUUUAAAACAUUUUUAUAGUGACUUCUAACUGUGUACAGUUUGUAUUUGAUGUUUAUACAGUAUGUGACUUUUGUAUAUAUUUUUCUUAGUGACAAACAAUAUUUUUUUAAGUAGAAAUCAAUAAUUCAUUUUAAUGUUUGCUGUUUCGUCGUUUUAACACGUCGUUUAUUUACAAGGUUUGUUUGUUGAGCAUGUCUGUCACAGAUCUACAUGUGCACAUUGUUUUCCGAGUUUACAAUAUGAAAAUGUCGGUAUAUUUACUUUAGGGGCGUAUUUCAUAGAAGACCAUGGCAGAUUCUUAGCUGAUCAGAUUAGUCUAUGAAUUUUAGUAAAUCGGACAAUAAAUAAAACUCACCAAGUACCAUAUUAAAGUUACUUGCACUAUUUUGUGUUAAAAAUCCAGUUUUCAAUAAAAAUACUGUAAAUUAUUAUAAAAAGUGAUUCAAACUUGAGUAAUGCUAUGUUUUUUAUUAAAAUGUAUUUUUUUGUACUUUUGAUAAAUAAAAGCGAAGUGUAAUUUU